GUCAACGUCGUCAUCUCUCUCUCUCUCUCCGCGCGCGUACCUGCAAGAAGCAAGUGCGUGAGGCCGCGUGGAGAGAGAAGAGAAGAGAAUAAGCUAGCAUCAGAUCGUCGGAGAUGGCGACCAAGACACCGGCGGCGGCGGCGGCGCUGCUGCUGUGGUUGGUUGUGGUGGCGUCGUCCCCGCGGGCGGCGCUGGGCAACUGCCGCGACGAGUGCGAAGCCGCCUGCAUUGGAUGGCCCAUCGUCUGCAAGCUCUCCUGCGCCAGCGCAUGCAUGGGACAAGCCGGGAUUGCAACAAUGAGCACGACGGCGUCGGCGGCGGCGGCACCACCAAAGCACCCAGCAGCAUCCGCACCAGCACCUUCACCUUCAGGUGGCGGCGUGUUGGUGCUCAGGAAGGGCCUCAAGGCAUCAUCAGCAAACUAAACCACCACCUUCUUCUUCUACUUACUAACUGGAGUAAAUAGAUAAGAGUACAUGAUAUGAAUAUGAUGAUGGCCCGCCCAUCACUUUCCUUUCC